AAAAUUAAGUAUUUGUUUCGAAAAAGUAUUCAAUUAACAAUACAUUAUGAGCAAUUUCAAUAAAGCUUAGAAAUUUAAAGAAAAAGAUGGAAUGAAUUAUCAUAUUGUUAAAAAAAUCAGCUUUUUCCACAAAGAUAUUAGUUUUAUUUUAAAAUGAGAAUCUAAUAAAAUUAGGAUAUAAGCUUUAAAAAAGUUCCCUUCCCUCAAAAUAUUUAGAUCCCCCCCCCUCAACUGUGGUUUUUAUUUGUCUUAUCUACUUUAAGUAGUGUAAUUUGAGAAUAUUUUUUACUGAGCUCUUUGGAAGGGGAAAAAAUAAACCAUUUUUUUACUGGUAUUAAUCUUAUCUUUUUGCUGAAGAGCUGGUGAAAGAAAUUGAAGUGCUAAAAAUAGUAACUAAUAUUUGUCACUAGUGACCUGCAUUGGGAAUAUUUCAUCUUAAUUUCAGAUAAGAAUUCUUGAUAAUUCUUAUCCUAAAAUAAAAAAGAAAAUUAGUUUCAUAUAUAAAUUGAAAAGUACUGCUUGUAUCUGAUGCAUUUCAAGUUGUUAUGUUUUGUGGUGAAUUGAUUUCUUAAAGGAGAUAAGAUCGGAAGCAUGCUGUUACUAUGAGAAACUGUUGAGCUGCAUUGCCUUAUGAAAAUUUAAAUUUGUAUUUUUGAUGAUCUGCUGACAUCUAAUUAUGGCUGAAAAUUCUUACUUUUCGACUAUGUACAGUAAUGCAACUUAUGAUGUUGUUGGCAGAGAUCUACUGAACCUGUAUUUCCAAUAUCAGACAAUGAUAUGGGGAGUGACUCUACUUAUACCUGUUGUGGCAAUAUUUUUCCUGCCUUUAGUUAUGAUGGGCUUGGUGUACAUAUCUGCUUUAUAUUUAAAAGCUUAUAGGUACUACUAUAAAAUAAAUGGGUAUACUUUUACUCCUGAAUGCUGGAAACCAGCUAGGUAUAUGUUAGCAUGUCUUUGGGAUUUUCAGGCUCGCUUCUGGUAUGGCUAUGAAAUUCAAGGCCUGGAAAAUAUUCCAAGUGAAGGCCCAGCACUUGUUGUAUUUUAUCAUGGAGCAAUGCCAGUAGAUUGGUACUAUUUACUGUCCAAAUCUAUCUUAUACAAGAAAAGAUUAAUAUGUGCUGUUGGAGAUAGAUUCUUAUUUCAUCUUCCAGCAUUUGAUGCUUUGAUUGAUUGCUUCCAAGUUUAUCCUGGAACGAUUGAAACAUGUGCAAACAUUCUGAAGAAAGGCAAUCUCCUUGCUAUAGCACCAGGUGGUGUACGUGAAGCUCUAUUUGGAGACGAAACUUACCCUAUCAUCUGGGGCACAAGAAAGGGUUUUGCUAAAGUUGCCAUGGAAGCUAAAGUGCCAGUUAUUCCAGUUUUUACAGAAAACAUUAGAGAAGCAUUUUUCACGCCCACUUUUGGAAACAAAUGGCUACGCUCUUUGUAUGAAAAAACUCGCAUUCCUCUUGUUCCUAUCUAUGGUGGAUUUCCCACUAAACUGAAGACAUAUGUUGGAGAACCUAUUCCUUAUGAUCCUGCCAUAACACCAGAAGAAAUGGUAGAAAGGGUAUCUAGUAAAAUGGAAGAAAUGAUCAAAACCCAUCAAAAGUUACCUGGUAAUGUGACUCGCAGUAUCCUAGAGAGAUUCCAGUACCUCUUCAAAUCGAAGCAUUCCUAAAAGUUAGCCCAUCUAAACAGCAUUUCAUUUCAAGUCUGUAUUUGCAACUGUUCAUGAUCAUCAUCCACUUGCAAAAAUGCAUGAAUGUAUUUGCAUACAAUUCAGACAGUAUUUUUUCCCUCAAAUUGAAGUAUAUAUAUUUGUGAAAUUUUUUUAAACAGGAAAUUGCAUUUACUAAAGCUACUUCUAAUUCAACAUUUUAAAAAUAUUUCACAUGUAAUACUAUUUUUGCCCCUUAAUGAAUAGGAUGCAAUUAUUUUAUACAUUAAUCAGAUUGAUUCUUUUUAACGAGCUUUUCAGGAUUGUACAGCUUUUUAUAUUGUAUUUCAGGUUGUGAAUAUUCAGUACAUUAAAUAACAAUUUAAGUAAAUUUCAAAAGAAAAAGAAAUUAGUACAAAUUUUGAGAUGCCAUAUAACUUGGUGGAAAACUUUUGUGUAUUCUGUAAUUUAAAUAAUCGGUCUUUUCUCUCUUAACAUUUUAAAAAUUCUUAUAUUGAAUUUGUAAUUCCAACUAUCCUUAUAUAUAAUACAGAUUAGUUUUUUAGCACAGUAUAAAAUGUUUAGAAUUUUAGCUGUAUAUCGAAAAAAUAACCGAGUACUUAAUGAAAGGAUUUAAAGAUACUUUCCGAGAAUGUGUUAUUUUUAAUUUUAUACAGGGUAUCUAGAAAAAAAAUCAGUAUUACUAUAAUUAUAUGUGCUUCCAAUAUUUUUUUUUAUUUCUAUCGGUAGUGUAUUAAGCUUUGAUUAUUACCAAUGUACAGUCACACAAUUUUUUUUUUAUGUCAUUGUAUGUUAUCGCCUAAAAUAGAUUUUCUCCAUAUUGGUAAUUGAAGUGACAUCUGUCUUUUGGAAAGACGUAUAUUAAAUGUAAAUAUUAGCUCAAUUUUCAUCACUUAAAAAAAAAAUUUCAUAUGUUGUUAAAAAUUUUAACACCUUUUUUUUUUUUUUUUUUUUUUUUUAUUUCUAAGUGCUAAUAAAACAUAUUUCCUAAAGCAUUAAAAUCAGUUUUAAUCAUUCCAUAAAAUUUCCAUUGGUAUCAUGUUAAUUAAUCUUCAUUGAAAUUAAUAUUUUUAAUAAUAAAAAUAACUUAAAUAUUUUUGAAAUGAUAUGAGCUUAGAAUGCAACCAAACAAAAUUUAGACAUACUUGCAUAAGAGGAAAUUAGAAUUUGUGGCAACUGCACUACAAUUGUUUCUGUGAAAAAUUGAUCCUGAAAUGUGUGAUUUGUGUAUUCCUUAAUUUGAUUUUUUUUUUUUUUUUU